AUGAACAGCGUCUUUAUGUGGCGCGAUAUACAAUUGAGAAUAGGCGCAAUCGAAAACUUUACCUACUACGACUACUCAGGGUUGAUAGAGACAGACGCCCCCCCUUAUCAAGCUUUCUCCCAAUACAUCAAAGCAAUCUCGUCCACUUACUUGGUGAUUUCUCGGAUUUCUUGGAGAAUGACAUGGCAAAAGAUAGCCAAGGAGCACGUUGACCGUGUAAACGCGGCCAUCCCCAAAGAAUGGCGUAUCGACAAACCCGUCGAUGGGGUCUCAGUCAUGGCCGUCCCCAAGACCAGCGGGAUACUGACGCCGCAGGAGGUUGAGAUAACCGAGUCAACGGCAACAGACCUGGUGAAGAAGAUGGCUGCGCGUGAGCUUUCAUCUGUGGCCGUGACUACAGCAUUCUGUAAAAGAGCCGCCUUGGCCCACCAACUGGGCCUUGAAACUACCAUGGGCUAUGUCGCUUGGAUUGGCAAAUAUGACACGGAAGACUCCGUUCUUGUCACUCUGUUAUACAACGCCGGUGCCGUUUUCUUUUGCAAAACAAGCGUCCCCCAGAGUUUGAUGGUCUGUGAAGUUGUAAACAACAUCAUAGGCCGUACUGUUAACCCACGGAAUAAGAACUGGUCAUGUGGUGGAAGUUCCGGCGGCGAAGGCGCCAUGGUUGGGCUUCGAGGAGGCAUAAUCGGGAUCGGUACCGAUAUAGGCGGAUCUAUUCGGAUUCCCUCGGCCUUCAACUUCCUUUAUGGCCUUCGUCCCAGCCAUGGGCGACUCCCGUAUGGAAAGAUGGCAAAUAGCAUGGAAGGCCAGGAGACUGUCCACAGCGUCUGUGGUCCCUUGACCCAUUCCAUUGCUGACAUGAAGCUCUUCAUGACCUCUGUACUUGCUGAGAGCCCAUGGUCCUACGACUCCAAAGUUAUUCCAAUGCCCUGGAGACAGAGUGAGGAAGAUGCUGUCAAGGCCAAAAUCGACGCGGGUCAUCUUGUCCUAGGCUUUUACAACUGUGACGGCGAGGUUCUCCCGCACCCACCCAUUCUUCGUGGUGUGCAGAUGGUCGUGGACACAAUGAAGGCCGCAGGACACACUGUCGUACCCUGGGAGCCCUACCGGCAUCCCUACGCGGUUGAUUUGAUCAAUAAGAUUUAUGCCUCCGAUGGUGGUACCGAUAUCCACACAGUUCUCAAAGAAUCGGGGGAGCCGGCAAUUCCCAACAUCUCUGACCUGGUCAACCCGGCCUUGCCCAAGGUCGAUAUGAAUGAAUUGUGGGAUAUCCAACUAAAGAAGUGGAAAUUCCAAAGCGAGUAUUUGGAGAAAAUUCGGACAUUCGAAAAGGACUUCGGCAAGGAGUUGGAUGCCAUCAUUGCUCCCAUUACUCCCACCGCUGCAGUCCGUCACAACCAGUUUAAGUACUACGGAUAUGCCAGUGCUAUUAAUCUCUUAGACUAUACAAGUGUCGUUGUCCCGGUUACAUUCGCCGACAAGUCCAUCGACAAGAAGAACGAAUCUUUUAAGCCGCUCACGAAUAUGGAUGCGACGGUCCAGGCAGAGUACGAUCCAGAGGCAUAUCACGGUGCCCCCGUGGCAGUCCAAAUCAUUGGGCGGCGUCUGACCGAGGAGAGGGUGAUGGCUAUCGCUGGAGAGAUCGGAAAGCUUCUGGGAAAUGAAGUCAUUCCCUGA